AUUUAAAAAAAAAAGUGUAUGCUUUUUUUUUAUAUAAAAAUCUAUUUUUUUUUUUAAAUAUUUUGUAAUGGUUUUUUAAUAAAGUGUCGAUGCUGGAUUAAACAUUGAAAUGUUUUGUGAAAAAAUUUUUUGAAAGGAGAAAAGGUCUUAUAAACAAUUACUUGUUAAAAUCGAAAUGUUGGCAUUGAUCCAACCAACGUCAUGUCAACGCAAACGAAAAAAAAUUUCUCGUGUUCUCAUGUCAGAUAUUUUUGAAGAUAUACAAUCUUCCUCAUUAUGUACGAUGCCCAAAACUCAUUCUAAAGAACCGUCACGCAAACCUUCAUCUUUAUCCGCGUCGUCCCAAAACGAUAUCUCGAAGCGGGUCCCAAAAUUACGAGAUGAAAAUGAAGAAACGAUUAGUUUAUUUGAGAAAUCCAGUUCAUCGUCGGAUGCCGUGCCCCUCGCGUCCACAAAUGCAACUACUUCCAGUAGUUGGCAGUAUAACAAUAAUGAUUAUCAGUGUGAUUCUUUAACCUCUUUUAAAUUUUCGGAACGUUCUACUUUACAUCCAAAAGAUGUUGCUAGUGAAAAAAAGUUUCAUCGACUUGUUAAACAAGCUGUAGCUUGCUCUCAUGUUUCCUCCAAUUACCGUGAUAUAUCUUUACAACAUCAGCCAAAACAAUACCCUUUUCAUAACCAAGAUCCUCUAUGUUUUUCUUAUUCUGAAACGGUAUGCGACACCUCUCCACUAUGUCAUACGACUCUUCAAAAAACGUCUUCCGCAUCUUUUUUAACAACGUCGCUGGAUUCAGUUCAUCCUUCUUCAGGGACUUUAUCAAGUGGUCAUGCCAUAAAAUCUAUUCAAUCUAAAGAAAAAUGUGUACCAUGUACUUCUUCUUGCUCUUUGGAUUUAACUAUAAAAAACAAUCAAAGACGCACAAUAAUGCACCCGUUCCAAGAAUCCUUAACAAACGCAACUCCAAAUGCAACUCCUGCCAAAACUCUUGCCACAACUCCCGCUGUGACAGAUAGUCAUUUAAAUUACUGGAAUGCGUAUGAAGAUUUUUCUGAUUUAGAAAAUUUAAAUGUGUCUGAAACCUCUUCUUCUUCUUCAUCUUCUUCUCAAUCUCCACCUAAGAUUCGUUCAAGUCAUUUGAGUCAAAAAAAUACCUCGUAUUCAGAUAAUCUUUCAACAAAAAGUACAUGUGCUAUAUGUUUAACAGAUAUUGUUGAAAAUGAUAUUAUUGGGGAGUUAGCUGAAUGUCAUCAUUUUUUUUGUUACGAUUGUAUUCAUUUAUGGGCAAAUCGAACAAAUCAAUGUCCCCUUUGUAAACAAAAAUUUUAUUGUAUACUAAAAAAAAAUUUUAAAGCCAAUACUUUAUGUGAAAGUAUUGUUCUCAGUUCCAUUCAAGUACAAGAUAAAACACUGCAUUUGACCGAUGAUGAAACCUAUAAUAUUGAGCCAAUGCGUCGACCCCUUGAAGAGUAUAUAUGUCAAGUGUGUCGCCUGGGAAAUCAAGAAGAAGUCCUUCUUUUAUGUGAUGGAUGUGAUGACGCUUACCACACAUUUUGUGUAGGGUGUACUGAAGUGCCUGAAGGUUCUUGGUUUUGUCAUACAUGUCAAAAUUCUAAUCAUACCAUGCCAGAAACACUACCUGAACCACUUAUUGAAAGUAGACAAAUGUCGCGGCGUGAAGAGGUGCCACGAGAGAAUAUGACUUCUUAUCCUAUUGAAACGCGUCAAACAACGCGUCGCCGUCGCAUUGUUUAUUCUCCCUUUUUACAGCAAAAUGUCGUCACACGAAGGCCUAUAACUAGAAGCUUUUCACAUCGUUUACAACAGACAAAUGAAAUUUUAAAUUCUUUAACACCUAGCAAUUCUAUUCUCAAUAACCAAGCAAGAACGCGAUCCGCUCAACGUCGAAUGGCUUCUCUACGUUCCGCUCGUUCUCAGCAAUCUUCUCUAGGGGAAAAUAUAGUACGUCGUUGGUUAAACUCACAGGAAGCAUUGCCUUCCACUGGUUCAACAUCGAAUUUAAUAUUACCUCCUAUUCGACGACAAUUGCGUCAUCGAUUAAUGACAGAAUUGACAUGGAUAGUAAACGAUGAGAAUGCACCACAAUCUGAACCAAUUUCCCUUCCUUCUGUAUGCAGUUCAGCUGAUCAACCUUUUGCUUCUUCAUCUAAUCCUCUUGAAUUAAACAACACCGAAUCUAAGGACGCACAAAGUCAAUCCAAUCAUAUUAGUGAAUCAUGGAACCCCACAGUAACAACCUCCAUUACAGGGCGUCGUAAAAGGAAAUUGUGUAUGAGACGUACUGUUUAUGAUGAUAUUACUAAUGAAAGUUCUCUUCCAUUACUGACAACACCGUCUUGUGAUGGAACCGUUAUCCAAAACAACUCUUCGUCAACGUCUCAAAUUCCUUUUCAUUGUGACCAAAGUACAAGUAGUACUACGAGUUACAAAUGUUCUCUUCAGAAAUCUUCUCCUCCAAAAAACCAACAUCCAACCACUUCAAAAUCUACAGCUUCUCGGAACGUCGAAACUUUCGAGCGGGUCCGCUUGCGGAGACGUUCUAAUCGAAAGAGAAACAAAAGGUUAUUGAAUGAUUCUUCGUCGGAUAUCGCAGACUCGGAUACAUGAUACAUCAGAAAUAUAACAGUUUUUCUAUUGAAAAAAAAAAAACAUUUAAAAUUAACGUCUUGUUUCAUUUUUACAUGGGUUCUGUCAUUUUGUUAAACUUCUAUGCAUUCACUUGCCAAUCAGCACAAAUUUAUUGAAAAACUGUUCGUAAUAAACAGUCUCUGUAAAUUUA